AUGGGCGGGCAACGCGAGUGGCCGCACAUUAGGAGCGGAGGCGACGGGGGAAGGGAGAGGGCGAGUGUCUCCGGAACAAAAACCGAUAAAAAACCGGGGAAAAGGUCCCCGGGAACGGGCAGAAAAAUAAGAAUCAGACAAUGGCCGCGGGGCCGGUGCACGGAAGGCGAUCCGGUCGGGGGGGCGGCGGGGUGGUACGAGGGGAAAGGGUGUCCUCCGUCAAAUCCACCCCGUGCGGACCCCACCCCCACCCUACCGACCCCCACGGCGGGGGGGUAUUUUUAUAUUUUUAAUCGCGUCGGGCAUUAUCCAAAUGGACAUCGUCGGUCCCACUGUCGGUGCCGUUCCGAUGAUAAAUCCCUUCUUCGUUCGCCGACCGCCGCGUCCCCUCGCUCUCCGCUAUCGGCUCCGCACCGGGAGCGACACGGCGGAGGACAGAGAGAGGGAGUGGAAAAAGCGGCCUCAUUAAUUAACGACGGAUCCGUCUGCGGCUGGCUGACGGCAUUCCUUUCGGUCGCCGCGACAUGCAAUGGCGGGAGAGCACGCGAACUAGUGAACCCCACCAAAGAUGUCGACUUUUUAAGGAACGUCCAAAAGCCAAACCAGAGAAGCUUCUCGCUGGACGAAAGGUUCCUGUACUCCCAGGGCGAGGUCCGGAGGGUGCACUGGCACCCCAGCUCCCUCUCCCACGUGCUGGUGUUGCUCUCCGACAACACGAUCAGGCUGUACAACAUAGCCCUGAAGUCCGGUCCCAAACUAGCGAAGGUGAUCGCGAUAGGGCCGAAGCCGUGCAGCCAGUUGGCCGGAAGAACGAUCCUGGACAGCCUCGGAGACACCGCCGUGGACUUCACCCCGCUCCCGGACUCCGACAGCCUGCUGGUGCUUAGGGGGGACGGAGAGGUUUACAUGGUGCAGUGCUCUUUGGAUGCGAAGAGCGGUACGCAACCGCGGCUGUCGGGCCCGCUGCCCAUCUACCCCCCGGCCGACGACAACUACGGCUCCGAGUCGUGCUGCAUCGGCGUGCUGGGAUCCGGUGACGCGCUGGUGGUGCUCAUCGCCACCUGCUCCGCCACCAUCUACCACUGCGUGCUGCUGCCAGCCGCUGCCGAAGAAGACGGGGAAGGGUAUGCGCUGUACGUGAUAGAAUGCGUGGAGCUGGGAACUCAACCGCCGCCGUCAAAUGUGGACCCCUCCCUGCCGAUCUUGGGGGAAAUGGACCCUCAGCACUCCUACCCGGUCCACAUCUACCCGUGCGGUGGCAGCACGUACGCGUGUGUGCACGCUAGCGGCGUGCACACUGUCACUCUGCCGGCUUUGCAACGCCUGCGCCACUACCUCGCCGCGGAGACGGAGGAGGCGGAGGGCCUGGUGGGGGGCGUGUGCGCCGCCGGCAGCCGCGCCCGCCACGUGGCGCGCACCGGCCGCGCCCCGCCGGGGCUGGCGGCGGUGCGGGCCAACUCGCCCGCGCUGCUGCUGCUCUGCCCGGACGGCGCGCUCAUUGCCAGGAGCCUGGAGGCGUAUGACCUGGAGGAGCAGCUCUACAAGGAAAUGCAGCUGAAGAAACCAGACAUGGACCAGGACGAUCUCAACAAUCUGCUCAAAGAGAAGCAGAAGCUUUCCUUCACGUCCAUCAUACAAGAAGUGCUGGCCAGGGAGUCGAGCCAGCCCAUUUUGCACCUGGACCAUCGCGCCCAACACUCGCACCAAGAUUGUCUCGAGCUGCUGAGCCAGGCGACGUCCCGGCUGCGCGGCGAAUACAUGGCGCGCCAGGAGCGGGCCGGCGGAGCCCUGCAGAGGAAGGCGCUCGCCCUUCGCCGCCUCGCCGACCACCACGCCGCCUGGCGGAGGGACCUGCUGGAGGAGAUCGGUCGAGUCAAAGAAAAGGCAAAAUUGUUAAAAGAGAAACGCGCCUUGGCUGAAAAACAUCAGGAAGACCUCAAAUACAGGUGCUCGGCGGUGGUGCGCCUGGCGCGCUGCAGCAUGGGCCCCAGCGCGGCGGAGCGCGAGCUGCUGGCCGAGCUGCAGCGCCACCGCCGCAGCGGAGACGCUCUCCAGCAGCAGCUGCAGACGCUGCGCCAGCACGCGCACCACAAGAGCACCGAGCUGAAGAAAUGGCACGAGGAGUACAAGAAGAAGGAUACUGCCCUCGGAAAGUCUCACAGCGACACCAUUUCCUCAAUACUUCAGCAGCAAACAAGCCAAAUAUCAUCACUCAUCGAGGAGACGAAACUACUCAAGGAUCAGCUCAGCAUUGUU